AUGAAUAAGGUCCGACUCAUCGCCUUGCUCGGUUGCCUGUUGUGGCAAUCGCAGCCAUGCGGGUCAGAUGAUGGGAGCAGGAUAUGGAGAGUGGUUGGAGACGGGGCCGUGGUUCUGGUGGAGGAUGGCGACUCAGUUGUGUCUGCGAGGGAGAUUGUUGCGACACAGCGUGCAUGGUACUUCUUAUCCUCGGAGCUGAACCUUCGAGACAACAACAGAUGGCGAGUGCGAGUCAGAAGCUCUGGCUCUUGCGAUCAGCCCAGGUUUGAUGAGUCGGCUCCCGACGUCAUGCUGCGAUGCAAACAGCCGGCCCUUGACGCGUCCCCUGACGACAAGUGCGCAGGGAUGCAGGGAGGUUUCACGUUGGGGCUCUUCCAUGCCCUGCACCCCUGCUCUUCGGAGCCUUCGAUCGUGUCCUUGGAUGUGGAGGAAGGAUGGGUCCAUCUCGAGGAAGGGGCUGCUGCUUGCAGCUGUAACAUGGCAGCUCUCAAAUCCUGCGAGGUGCUGUCGUUGCUGGUUCGCGGGAACUUCUUUGAGGAGCAAGAGACGAGCUCUAUCGUAGCGGCGGACUUGUUCUAUGAGGAGGCAGGGGAGGAGACUGAUGUCGGCGCAAAGCCUCUCAGUGGCGAGGACGCACCUCAGAUGCUGGAUGUCAGCGGCGAUCGGGCCCAGCAGAGGAUAUUGAGAGAGUUGAUGGAGAGAGGAGAGGGGUCCAGCGGGGAGAGUGACGGUGGGCAGUGCCAUUGUUUCGACUUGAGAGACGUUUCUGGAUUUCUCCUUGGCAGAAGCUUCAUCCUUGCUGUAGUGGGAGAUGAUUUCUUCAUGGCCAGUCCCUCCUCUGUCAGAACGUUUCCUGCCGUCACCGCAGACAAAGGCAACAGGAGGAGAACAUGGUACAUUACGAAUGGUCUGUUUGUCAUCGAUGCUCCUGGUCAUUCAAAGUUCUCCCUCCCGGUGUCUCUCCUCGAAGAAUCAAUAUUUUCCUCCUUCAUAGACUUUCUCAACACCUUGACAACUGCCUCUGAUCAAUCUCGGCGCAGACACACGGUGGAACCAGCGGCCUUGACAUGUUUCGAUGAGAGAAAACUUGAAACUCAAGGCGUCGUGCACGCUGGACGCCUCCUUGAGUUGUUCCUGCGGAACAAGCGCCAGCAUGAGAGCAAGGAGGAGGAUGAGGGGGGAGCGAGGGGGGAGGGUGGAGGAGGGACUGGAAGGGGGGAGUCGAUCGUUGGGCUGUGGCGGAAGAGGAAGAGGAAUGCCGACAAGAUCAUCGAGACGGAGACUCAGCGCUUGCAAGCGCAGAUGCGAAGGAUUGCAAUCCAAAAUAACCUCAUUUUUGAGGUUACCAUCAUACCCAUCGAAGCGAUUGAGAGUGUUCGAAGUGACCACGGGACAGACGUUGAAAUCUUCGCUGAGAACAGGAGCAUGGCAAGACUGAACGUGAGGGGAGUAGCAGAAGAAGAGCUGAAGGCGUUUCAUGGAACUCUGCUGAGGCUUCUCAGCACAAACAGCACAAUGAGAGCAGCGGGGAUGGGAGAGGUAGGGAGCUCGACGCUGACUGAUGGAGGAGAAACGUGCAUUGAGGAGGACAAGAAAGAAAUCAUGGCUGACAUUGCCCAGUGCGUUGCUAACGGGUGUGUUAACAAGUCAUCUCUGCCAUCCUCCUCCUCCACUGCGUGCAAGGAUAUCUUGGCCCAUUCUUCGUUGCAACAUUGCAUCUUGACGGAGAGCUCGAGCAUCGCCCUCGUCUCAGAUGCUCUUGUCCUGAUCAAGUACGACCAGUCCCUCGAACCUUGUGCCCUGUUCUGCCUUCCUGUCAUGGAGAUGACAAUCACACACGAUCGUGAUGGUGUUCACUUGCAGCAUCGCACUCACGAUAUUCACUUGCCGCAUUCUGCCAUCAGCGAGAGUUACGAUGUGCAGAAGUUGCUCCUUCGGGUGCAACAGAUGUACAAGGAAAGUUUGCCACCUCUUGCAACAACUGGGAAGGAAGAUGAAUUUAACGACAGUUCCUCACACGUACCUCACCGUACAUCUCUCUUUCGAUCGACAGGCUUUAGCGAUGAGCGCGAGAAAGCUGAAUUCAACAAACUUAGAAGCGACAUUCUUAGCUGUAUCGGGCUCCAAGAUGAGAAACGAAAACAUGAAGGAUCAUCGUGGUUAUCGUUUGUCAGCAAUGAAUAUCUCGUCUACUGCGUGGGAAGUGUUCGACGAUGCUGCAACCUCAGAAGUUUGUCUUCGAUAACAUCAGAGGUGUACAAAUCAGAUGUAUUGUACAUACUGCAAGAAGACGGCACGAGUGAAGAUAGAACAGUUGAUCAUUGCAGUUGCAACAUCACGGUGAACAGCUCUCACUUCCACGUCAGCGAGUUGAGGAGCUUCUUCGACCUUCUUGCCAGAGUGUCGGGCGUGCACAUGAUCCGCAACGACAUCGUCGGCAAAGACAGCAAUCAUACAGAUGUCAUCAUCACAACAAGAAACAGGUCAAACAGAAGACAGUCCUCGGAGAACACUACUUGCCAGCUUCUAGUCAACACCAUCAACAACAUGGCUUGGAACAAGUCGACCAUGCUCUUGACCAAGAAGGUCUUACAUGCCACAGUGAAGCUCGCAGUACAAGUCGCGUCAUUGCAGCAGGAAGCAUGCUCGAGCGAAAACGCAUCUACUUGCAUGUAUCCCUCUCCCUCCCUGAACGUCUCUCAGCUCCUCAACACGUCUGUCAUAGUCGACAUGCAGCUCGUCGGCGAUCACCAGAUUCUCCUCCUCCACAACAGCACCCUCGUGUUCAUCAAAGUCGAGCACGCGGCCGCCAUAAGCUCCCUUCCCCUCCUCCUCCUCUCUGACAUUCGGAUCGACGAGCGCAGCAGGACCUUCGACUUUCUCUCCCUCCACGUCGUCGUCUUCAGCGUCUCCUUCCUCCGCUUCCAGCCGCAGCGACUUUACCUCUUCCUCUACAACCUCCGCUCCUCGAUCAGAAGCCUGCAGCUCGAAGCUGUCGACCUGGAAAUCCCUCCCUCUCUCCGCACUAGCGAGCUCCUCGACUUUCUCCGCAGGCGGGAAGUGUCAGAGGAAUACGAGGAGUACUGCAGGCGGCGCGAGCUUAACUCAGCAUGGAGCAGAUGCCAGCAGUGGAUGGAGGAGAUGGUGGGGGAGGAGGGAGACAGGAUAGUCUUCUUCCUCCCGAGUAGGAGGAGGCUAGUGGGGUUGACGAGGAAAGAAGUUUUCCUGGCUGACAGCUGCGGCGAUGAGUCAAAGCCCUCGAUCGUGAGGUUCGAACUUGCGGAAGUGAAGAAGGUAGAGAGGGACAAGGGAAGGAUAGCGAUGAAGAACGUGAGAGGAGAAACUUUGAUGACGGUGGAGGAAGAUGAGUACAACGAGGAGGAGAAAUCGCGCCUGUUGUCCAUGAUAACUCGUCAACCCACAACGGAGGUAAAGGAGGCGACGAGGGAAGAAGCGAAGGAAGAGGUGGAGGUGAAGGUGAAAGAGGAGGGAGAGCUGUUGAAGGGGCAAGGAGUCGGGCACAAGUCCCAGGGACCUGGCGAUGGAGGAGGAACGGUCGGAGACUUGUUGGUCAGCAGGGUCGGGGGGAGGGCAACGAUGAUGUCCAUAGUGGGGAAGGAGAGUGCGGUGGCACUGCUAGAAGAUGCUGUGCUCCUGGUCAGGGAGAGCACGGGAGAGGAGGUGGAGGUUUCGUAUGAGGAGGCAGAGCUUGCAAGCGCAGAGCAGAGGGUCGUCGUGAUGAGCAGGAGGGAGGAGACGGUAGGUGGGAGGUUUGAGAUCGAGGUGGACGACUUCGAAGCUACGGAGCUGGGCAAGUUGCUGGCAGGUGCCCUGGAGAUGAACGUGAGGGGCAAAGCGGGAGAGGGACAGGAAGGAGGAAAGAAAGGGGACAGGAGAAGACGGAAGAGGAAAGCACGAGACCAGGAGGCGAAAAGGAAGAGGAAGAGACGAGUUUGGGAGAGAGAUGGAAUAUGGAAAGAAGGAGGGGAAAGGGGAUACCGGUCCCGGAGAAUCGGCAAGCUCGCCCCUUAUGUAGGAGCCAUGGCGGUCAAACCUGCCUGA